AAGAACACUGAGGUCUAGAAUAGUCUUAAAGGCAGACUGGCCAUUCAAGGUGAGCUCUUCUGCAAUCUGAAGUCAUCUCUCAAGUAAGCCAUGGACUGUCACAAUCAGGAGGAGUGCAGCCGGCCCCAGGAGGAGGAGGACAUUAUGGACAUCCCGUUAGAUGACCCCGAGGCCAACAGGGCAGCUGCUAAGAUCCAGGCGGGUUUCCGUGGUCACAUGACCCGCAAGAAGAUGAAGCCUGAGGACAAAACAGAGGGGGAGGAGAGACAGGAAGAUCGAGGCCAGUAGGAGGCAACGUCACAUCUGUUCCAGAGCAGUGACCCCCCAGUACCGACCUGGAUGAAGAAGAGAGAGAAAGCAAGGUAGAGCGAGAUGAUGAUGACGUAAGCCUGCUGGGCUGGCUUUCAGACACAUACCUUUAUACCCCCCGUCCCAAGGAGUCAUUUGUUUUCAACACAAUUUAGCUGUAGAAAAUGAACAGUUUUCGAGGGUGAAUUUUGUGAACUUUAACACUCCUCUGCUUCUCCAACACUCUUAUCAGUAGGGAUGUCUUUGACCCAGAAUUCACAACUCACUGCAUGUACUUGUGAAACUUCUGGUAGUGUGCUAGUUUUUAGCUGAUCUGUGAAUGUGAAAAUGAAUGUCCUCUAAAUGCUAAACAGGGCUUAUUUUGGAUGGAUCAGACCAUCUGUGUGUAGACCUUUUGUGCAUCAACAUUGAACAAUUGUAAUUUGUGGC